AUGCUUUUCGUGGCACUAUGCGUCGACGAUUUGGUUCUCGCGAGCAACAACGACGAGCUGCUCAAGUCAACAAAUAAGGCGCUGGGUGAUCGUUUUGACAUGACGGAUAUGAAAAAACUCAAGUAUUUUCUCGGUAUGGAAGUUGAUCAAAACGCCACGGUCUGUCGAGACGAGUAA